UCGAGCGGUCUGGCGGCUGCAGUCUGCUCUCCUCGGUGGCCCUAGUGAAAGCUGAUGAAGCCGCGGGCUCUGCUACGGAACCCUGGCCGGCUAGUGUUGGCUCUCCUUGUUUUAAGCUUUCUUUAGAAUAUGCUUCUUCUGCAAGCCCUUUGAAUGAUGGCCUCCACUCCAGGUAUCAUGUUCAAUACUGGAAUUGGCCAGCACAUCCUGAAAAAUCCCCUCAUUGUUAACAACAUUAUAGAGAAGGCUGCCUUACGGCCCACGGAUGUUGUCCUUGAAGUAGGACCUGGAACUGGUAACCUGACAGUAAAAAUGCUAGAGAAAGUAAAAAAGGUAGUUGCUUGUGAACUUGACCCACGACUUGUGGGUGAACUUCAGAAGAGAGUCCAGGGCACAUGCCUAGCAAACAAACUAGAAAUAAAGGUUGGAGAUGUCUUGAAAACUGACUUACCGUUCUUUGAUACAUGUGUAGCUAACUUGCCUUAUCAGAUUUCUUCACCUUUUGUUUUCAAGCUGUUGCUGCACAGACCUUUUUUCAGGUGUGCAAUACUUAUGUUUCAGAGAGAAUUUGCUCUUCGUUUGGUUGCAAAACCAGGGAAUAAACUAUACUGCAGACUCUCAAUUAACACUCAGUUAUUAGCCCGUGUGGAUCAUCUAAUGAAAGUUGGAAGGAAUAAUUUCAGGCCUCCACCCAAAGUUGAAUCCAGUGUUGUCAGAAUAGAGCCAAAGAACCCUCCACCACCUAUUAAUUUUCAGGAAUGGGAUGGUCUAGUAAGGAUAGCCUUUGUCAGGAAAAACAAGACACUCUCUGCAGCAUUUAAAUCAAGUGCGGUACAGCAGCUGCUGGAUCAGAAUUAUCGAAUUCACUGUUCUAUACAUAAUAUUGAAAUACCAGAAAACUUCAAAAUUGCAGAGAAAAUACAGAUGGUUCUAAAAAAUACAGGUUUCUCUGAAAAACGGGCUCGCUCAAUGGAUAUAGAUGACUUCAUUAGGGUGCUGCAUGGCUUCAAUUCAGAAGGCAUCCAUUUUUCAUAAAUGGCUGAACAGGGAGCAUUUUACAUUCUCUGGGGCGAACUGAAAUGUGACAUCAACGAAGGUGUUUGUAGGAGGAAGACCUCUCAUGUUGCGAGCAAUCACCAGCAUACAAAGUUUAUAUGACUAUUCUGCAAUAACUGCUCAGAAGUACUUGUUUGAAGACAAUAGCUGUAAAGGUGCUGUGUUGCAUUUUAAAAUUGUAACUGUCAAGACUAAAGCUGUGCCUUUUUUCCCCCCAUCAGAGCACUUUUUAAAUGUACCCUAUGCUAUGAAGUGGCUCCAAAAGCCCCAAAUUAAACCCUUCCCUCCCUGACUUUGCACCUUCUCCUGCCAUUACAACAUUCAGAAUGGAACUCAAACCUUUGUUUGUUUGGCCACCACAGAACUAUUUGUAGAUUGGUGACAUGAUACCAAUUCAUCAGAGUUUAGAAUAAAUUAAUUUUAAAAAAAACGAAGUAUGCAUCUCUUUAACCUUUCCUUUCUGGUAGCUACCAUAGGCCCUGGACUAUUGGAGAAAUUGCUGCUAGAAUGAGCAGAUCACCACUGUAUAUGUUCUAGAUGUAGGGGCAGUUAACACUCUUGGGCACGUUGGCUGUGCAACCUGCUAGCAAGAGCAUGGUAGGCUUUAAAAAGACAGAACAGUUCUUUUGCCUGGUACAGUCCUCUUAAAUAUCCAAACUUGUUUUCAGCUGUAGUUACAUCUUACUGCUAGACCCUGAAUUGCAUUCAGAGGCAGGGAAGAAUAUGAUACUACCAUUUUCACAUAAAAAUUUUCUGUAACAAUGCAGUUUGAUAGACAUUGUAUGGUGCCUUUAAACUGCCUUAACCAUACUGUACACUUAAGUACUCCAUCUGUUAUAGACAUCAAAGUGCUUUACAGGGCUGGGUAAGCAGUAUUCUCUUAUUUCACAGAUUGUAACUGAGGAGCACAGGUUAAAUGUCAGUGGCAGAGCUGGGAACAGAAAUCACCACACUGUCCAUACCUCUUUCUUACACAAGUAACUCUAGGAUGUGCAGUAACUGCACUGGCUUUUCCCUUAAACUGCAUACAUUAAAUACUAUAAGCUGUGUACAUCUAAUCUCAAUAGAGAUCCCUAUACUUAAAUAUUUCUCAAAAUUGUAGGCAGUUGUACAGUACUGAAGAGUGCUAUCAGAUGCUAUUACCAGAUUACUAUUCCAGGCAAGCAGGAGAGGCAGUUUCUUGCAUAAUUUUCCCCCUUACAUCUCCCUUUAAAUUCUUAACAUUGAAUAUAGGCAGUAAGCUUUGUUACAAUGCUAGCUGCAUUAUUCCAUUUUUGUUAAUGAAACUUACAAAAUGUUCCAAAAGUAUUUUAAUAUUUAACAUUUCCUAGUUCUAAAACUGAGUCUUUGUUCAUAGUGUGAAUUAUAGGUUAAGGGCUACAGGGUCACACCAUUAAGUAGCAGUUAAAGAUAGAGUAAAUGCUCUUGUGGUAAUUGCCUAUGCUUAGAGCAGUGAUAGGCAAAGCUAGAUCAGCCUUGGAACACAGAUUCUAUAACACCCUUUUCCCCCUGCCAAUGAGGAGGUGGUUGAUGGCCUUAAGUGCAAAAUCUGUAAAUGCAACAGCUGGAGAUGUUUCAGGCCUGGAACAAGGAACAAGCAUGUCAUUCUCUAUCAUAAGGUUCUAUAAGUAAGUAUUGCUUCAGAGUCUGGACAAGAGAGCUUUUAUUCACCUUAAGCUAGCACAACAGCCCUCUUCUCCCAGCAUGCAGAAAAUAAGCAAUCUAUACAAAACUAGCAAAGCCUAGCUUGACAAACCGCUCUGCAGCCAGUAGCUAACUGGAGUAGCAGCAGCACUGGUCCCCUUUGUUUUGGCAGGGAGAGGGAAGUGUCCGUAAAAACUAAGGUUUUAUCUCACACAGUUUGGUAGGAUUUUCUCUAACUUCCCUCUAUGCAAGCUGAGACAAUUGGCCUUAAUUGGUGUGGUAUCCUACUCUUUUAAAACCUCAGAUCAGCAAGUGUCCUGAUUUCUUACUAUAAACAUCCACUUGAACUCUUGCCCUAAGUGUAUCACCUUUUGGAGAAUAUGUUUACCACAAAGAUCUCACUGGCUGUCCAUUAUAGCAGAAUGUUCCUAAGAAGCUACUCCCUAAAGUGGAAAUACAUAAGUGAUCAUACUUCUUUCCUUUCCAUUAUUCCUUUCCCACAUGAUUUCUUUUGUGAUAUGAGGCCUAGUGUGGGAGACAAGAACAAGUCAGUGAAACAUUUAGCUAAGAAUAAUAUUUCUCAUCAGCAGUGAUGAAAGUAAAAUGUGUUUUACAUAGAAUUAUUUUAAAAAUUGGACAUGGAUAGGAGCAGGCAUAUUAUCUAAAAUACAGCAGAUUCAUACUUAAACUAGCUGCACAGUUUCUCAUGAAAUUUACAACAAUCUGAAUAACAUCUACCAUUCUUAAUUUGCAGUUUGAUGCAGUAAUCCAUAAUGAAUCACAUUUAGAUUACACAUUUCAGAGGAUCUUAAAGCACUAUAUGUAUUGCAAGACUCUUUACAGGUAGACAAAAAGGUUGUGACUUGCUAAAGGACCACCACCCACAUUAUCUUGACUUCUUGUAUAUAAAUCUUCUACAUGAUAUGGCUCAAACCUUGAGGAAAAGUGAGAUUUAGACUUAGCAAUUCAGAUCAUUUUAAUUAAAGCUUUUGAUUUAAGAAGCAGGGAAUUCUUUUAACCUACAUCAGUUACUAUGAACAGAAACACUUUUGCUAGUUUUACUUAGUUAUCUAAUAAAAUUUCCUUUUAAUUUUUUGAUGGAUUGCAUUCUUAGAUGAAUGCAGUGAAAGAUCAGUACAUUUUGAUAUAGCUGUUUAAGGACUGAAGUCAGUGAAACAAUACAAGUCUGUACAGGAUGGUUAUUACAAUAAAACAAACACCCAUUCUAGCACCAUGUGCCUUUUAAGUAUGAUUUUUGUAAAAAAAUCAGAUACAUCUAAUUUCAAUAGAUGUGAUCACAAAGUAAAUUCCUUCCCAAAGCAAAUGCAAGUUUCAUAGAAGUAAAUUCUCAUCUCUAAUUGAUGUUUCAUUGUUUAAUUUAUUAAACACAUUGUGUAAAAUCUACAUUGCUUUUUCAGCUUUCAUGUUUACAGAUAGGAGCUUUUUACCAUGAUGCAACAAAGGUCUCCCAUAGCCUACCUUCCUAUGGGAGUUACAAACAUUAAAUGCUGAGAAUCUCUGGCUCAUUUAGCUCUCUUUUCAUUGCCUUCCCUUUAUUUCCCUUCAGUCCUGGCAUAAAUGGG